AUGGUAUGUGCAUUCAAUGCCUUCAACGCCGUGUGGCGUUAUCAUCAUUUUAACAACUUCAUACUAACCUUCAGUCCAGAUCCGGGUAUUGUUGCCGUUGCUGACGAAUCUUUGCAGGCCUUCAACGACUUGAAGUUGGGCAAGAAGCACAAGUUCAUCAUCUACAAGUUGAACGACUCUAAGACCGAGAUCGUUGUUGAGGAGACCUCUACCGAGUCUGACUACGACGCUUUCUUGGAGAAGUUGCCUGAAAACGACUGCAAGUACGCCAUCUACGACUUUGAGUACGAGAUUGGUGGAGGUGAAGGUAAGAGAAACAAGAUUGUUUUCUUCACCUGGUCUCCAGACACCGCUCCUAUCAGAUCCAAGAUGGUGUACGCCUCUUCCAAGGACGCUUUGAGAAGAGCCUUGAACGGUGUCUCCACCGACAUCCAGGGUACUGACUUCUCUGAGGUUGCCUACGAGACCAUUUUGGAGAAGGUCUCCAGAGCCGCCGGCUCCCACUAA